AUGAUGCAGUUAAUAGUUGUUAUAAUUUUCAGUGUUUUUACAUUUAGUUCAGCUUCACCAAUUGCCCGAGUGGUUGGUGGUUCAGAUGUGCCGCAAGGAAAAUAUCCAUAUCAGGUACAUAUAGAUUAUUUUGGAGGAUUUCUUGGUGGCGGUAGUAUUCUUAACAAACGUUAUAUUUUAACAGCAGCUCAUUGUAUUUCUGGAAUUGAUAUUAAAUUCACCGAUUCAAUAAAACCGAUUGCGUUGCCUAAUGUAGAUAUUGAUUAUAAUAAUGGUCAUGCUGUAUUGACAGGUUGGGGUCAAUUAGCGAAUAACAAGCCAGUUGCUAAUAAAUUACAAGAAAUCGAAUUAAGUGUCAUAUCGGCUGAUAAAUGUCAGAGACAUUUUAGUCAAGUUAUUGAAAAAAUACAAUUUUGCACUUUAACAUAUGGAGGAAAGGGAGCUUGUAAUGGAGAUUCUGGAGGACCACUUGCUUCGAAUGGCACUCAAAUUGGCAUUGUUUCUUAUGGAAAACCAUGCGCUUUAGGUUAUCCCGAUGUUUAUACAAAAGUCUAUGGUUACCUUGAUUGGAUUCAAAAAAACAUGGUGGACAUUUAA